AUGGCCCAGACCCCCGACGGCAUAUCCUGCGAGCUGCGAGGCGAGAUCACCAAGUUCCUGUGGCCCAAGGAGGCAGAACUGCUGCUGAAAACCUGGCUGCCAGAGCGGGAGGGUGCGGAGCAAGGUCAUGUCCUGGUGCUGCUCCGAUGGAGAGCCUACCUGCUCCACACCUGCCUCCCUCUGAGGGUGGACUGCACAUUCAGCUACCUGGAGGUCCAGGCCAUGGUGCUGCAGGAGACACCCCCUCAGAUCACCUUUGAGCUGGAGUCCCUGCCUGAACUGGUCCUGGAGUUUACUGGUGUGGCUGCUCUGGAACAGCUGGCCCAGCACAUUGCUGCUGCCAUCAGGAAGGUCUUCCCUCGCUCAACCCUUGGGAAGCUCUUCCGGAGGCCCACACCCCCCUCCAUGCUGGCUCGACUGGAGAAAAGCAGCUCCUCAGAAGCCACCUCACCCAGCAGCCCCUGUGGGGGCUUCUCGGAGACAUACGAGGCCCUGUGUGACUACAAUGGCUUCCCUUUCCGAGAGGAGAUUCAGUGGGAUGUGGACACCAUCUACCAUCGUCAGGGCUGCCGCCAUUUCAGCCUAGGAGACUUCAGCCAUCUGGGAAGUCGGGACCUGGCCUUGAGUGUGGCUGCCCUGUCCUACAAUCUCUGGUUCCGGUGCCUCUCCUGCGUGGACAUGAAGCUGAGCCUUGAGGUCUCAGAACAGAUUCUGCACAUGAUGAAUCAGUCAUCCCACCUGGAGGAGCUGGUGCUGGAGACCUGUGGCCUGAGAGGAGACUUUGUCCGGCGACUGGCCCAGGCAUUGGCGGGACACACCAGCUCGGGACUGCGGGAGCUCAGCCUGGCUGGGAACCUGCUGGAUGACCGAGGUGUGGCUGCCCUUAGCAGACACCUAGAGAAGCAUCCUGGAGCCCUGAGGAGACUCAGCCUAGCGCAGACUGGGUUGACGCCGCGAGGAAUGAGGGCUCUAGGCCGGGCACUGGCUUCCAAUUCAGCCUUUGACUCUGCCCUGACCCACUUGGACCUUUCCGGGAACCCCGGGGCACUGGGGGCUUCGGAGGACCGUGGGGGCCUCUAUAGUUUCCUGAGCCGUCCUAACGUUCUGACGUUCCUGAAUCUCGCAGGCACCGACACCGCCCUGGACACUCUCUUCGCGGCGCUGUCCCGCGGCGGCUGCUCCAGCCUGGCUCACCUAGACGCCUCGAGGAACGUCUUCUCCCGCACGAAGUCCAGGGCUGCGCCCGACGCCCUGCAACUCUUCCUCAGCCGCGCCGGGACGCUUCGGCACCUGGGCCUGGCGGGCUGCAAACUGCCACCCGACGCACUCAGGGCGCUUCUGGAAGGCCUGGCGCUCAAUACGCACCUGAAUGACCUACACCUGGACCUCAGCGCGUGUGAGCUGCGCUCGGCGGGUGCUCAAGUGAUACAAGACUUGGUGUGUGAUGCUGGCGCAGUGAGCUCCCUGGAUCUGGCAGAUAAUGGCUUUGGCUCAGACAUGGUGACUCUGGUGCUGGCCAUUGGGAGGAGCCGGUCCCUGCGACACGUGGCGCUUGGAAGGAACUUCAACGUCCGGUGCAAGGAGACCCUGGACGACGUCCUACACCGGAUUGUUCAGCUCAUGCAGGAUGACGACUGUCCCCUGCAGUCUCUGUCUGUGGCUGAGUCACGGCUGAAGCUGGGCGCCGGCGUCCUGCUCCGGGCCUUGGGCACCAAUCCUAACCUGACAACCCUGGAUAUCAGCGGCAACGCCAUGGGGGACACGGGUGCCAAGAUGCUGGCCAAGGCGCUUCGGGUUAACACGAGGCUCAGGUCUGUGGUCUGGGACCGAAACCACACAUCUGCUCUGGGCCUUCUGGACGUGGCACAGGCCCUGGAACAGAACCGCAGCCUGAAGGCCAUGCCUCUGCCACUGAACGAUGUGGCCCAGGCUCAGCGCAGCCGUCCUGAACUGACAGCACGGGCCGUGCAUCAGGUGGGGGUCCCCCCUCUUCCCCUGCCUUGCCCUGCGCCUUGUCCUGCCCUGCCACUUCUCAGCCUCUCUUGUGCCCAGAUCCAAGCCUGUCUUCUGAGGAACAAUCGCACAGACCACACCUCUGCUGACUGCACCUCCCGCCCGAAGCCCCUGGGUCUGGGGUCAGACCCCUCCGAACAGGAAGUGAAUGAACUGUGUCAGUCGGUGCAGGAGCACGUGGAGUUGCUGGGCUGUGGGGCUGGACCCCAGGGUGAAGCUGCUGUGCACCAGGCUGAGGAUGCCAUCCAAAAUGCCAACUUCUCUCUCAGCAUUCUCCCCAUUCUUUAUGAGGCUGGAAGUUCCCCAAGCCACCAAUGGCAGCUGCGGCAGAAGCUGGAGGGCCUGCUGGGACAGGUGGGAGAGGUGUGCCGCCGGGACAUUCAGGACUUCACUCAGGCCACACUGGACACAACAAGGAGUCUCUGCCCACAGACAUUGCAGGGUCCCAGGUGGAGGGAGCAGCUAGAGGGGGUCCUCGGGGGCUCAAGGGGUCUCCCAGAGCUGCUCCCAGAGCAUCUGCUGCAAGAUGCCUUCACUCGGCUCAGGGACAUGCGCCUGUCAGUCACAGGGACCUUGGCAGAGAGCAUUGUGGCUCAGGCUGUGGCAGGUCUGAGUGCAGCCCGGGAUCGGCUGGUGGAGAGUCUGGCUCAACAGGCAACAGAGGCAAUGCCCCCUGUCAUACUGACACUAGACGGAGAUGAGUCCAGCCCCCUUGGACCUGGGGAAUUGGAAGGUCUUUUCUUCCCUGAGGAGAAAGGAAAGGAGGAUGAAGAGGAGCAGAAGGAUGAAAGUCCUCCACAGAAAUGGGCUGAAUCCCUCCACUGUCUUCACCUGGACUCCUCCACUCACAGUGCUGCUGAGGAGCUAGAGCCGGAGCCCGAGCUGGCGGCUCCGGGGGAAGAUGCAGAGCCGCAGGCGGGGCCAUCCGCUCGUGGCUCUCCGAGCCCCGCCGCCCCAGGGCCCCCGGCCGGCCCGUUGCCUCGCAUGGACCUGCCGCCCUCCGGGCAGCCCCUGCGCCAUCCUACCCGGACCCGACCACGGCCGCGGCGCCAGCACCACCACCGCCCGCCGCCGGGGGGCCCCCAGGUGCCCCCAGCCCUGCCGCAGGAAGGGAAUGGGCUCAGUGCCCGCGUGGAUGAGGGCGUGGAGGAAUUCUUCUCCAAAAGGCUGAUCCACCAGGAUCGCCUCUGGGCCCCUGAGGAGGACCCGGCAGCUGAGGGGGGUACCACCCCUGUCCCCCGUACACUUCGCAAGAAGCUGGGCACCCUCUUUGCCUUCAAGAAGCCUCGUUCAACACGUGGGUCACGACCUGAUCUUGAGACCAGCCCUGGAGCAGCUCCCCGCUCUCGAAAAACCACACUCGGGGACUUGCUUCGGCCACCGGCCCGUCCUGGCCGUGGUGAGGAGCCUGCUGGGGCCGAGGGGGGCACCGGCAGCCCAGACCCAACCCGCAGGAGUCGGCCUCGAUACACCCGUGAAAGCAAGGCCUACUCCCUGAUACUGCUCCCUGCUGAGGAGGAGGAGACAGUGGGAGCCAGGCCCGACAAGCGGCGGCCCCUGGAGCGGGGAGACACAGAGCUGGCCCCAUCCUUUGAGCAGCGAGUACAAGUGAUGCUGCAGAGGAUCGGUGUGAGCAGAGGCAGUGGGAGUGCCGACGGCAAGAGGAAGCAGAGCAAAGAUGGAGAAAUCAAGAAGGCUGGCUCGGAUGGUGACAUUAUGGACAGUUCCACAGAGGCUCCUCCCAUCUCGAUCAAGUCCCGCACCCACUCUGUGUCUGCUGACCCUUCAUGCAGACCUGGGCCAGGGGGCCAAGGGCCUGAGUCUGCCACCUGGAAGACACUGGGGCAACAGUUGAAUGCAGAGCUCAGGGGCCGUGGUUGGGGCCAACAGGAUGGUCCAGGUCCCCCGUCCCCAUGUCCCAGCCCAAGCCCCCGAAGAUCCAGCCCCUCCCCAGACAGCCUGGGCCUCCCAGAGGAUCCCUGCUUAGGCUCCAGGAACGAAGAUGGCCGGCUGAGGCCGCAGCCCCGCUUGGCAGGGCGACGAGCAGUGUCUAUGCAUGAGGACCAGCUCCAGGCCCCUGCUGAACGGCCCCUGCGGCUACAGCGCUCCCCUGUCCUCAAGCGCAGGCCAAAGCUUGAGGCGCCUCCAUCUCCAAGCAUAGGAUCUGGCCUUGAAGCCGAGCCUCUACCCACCCAGUCUACAGAGCCCUCCAGCCCACCCUCCCCAACCACAAACCAAAGAGGCGGCGGCCCCAACCCCUGA